AUGUCUCUAGUGUUAGUGGUGAAAUCCUCAACGGCCCCUGUAGUCCCUAGGAGUGGAUUGGCUUCCGUGUCGGAGUCCGUGGGUGGAAGUGUUUCCUCUCGCUCCGUGUCCAGUGUUGGCUCCAUGGUAGUGUCCUGUGUGGCGUCGGCGUCUCCUCAGGCGCUCGACUUGACGGUCAGGCCAGUGCAGGCCGGCAGCCCGCGGCGGUCGCCGCGGAUCGCCGCCAAGGCGGCGUCUCCGCGGGGAUCGCCGCGGGGGGGCAAGAGACCAAGCGGGGAGCCGCUGGACCUCCGCGUCACUCGCAAGAAAUUGUACGAAGAUCCCUGUGUGAGGAGGCCUACCAGACCGGCACCGCUGGGAAGGGCUCCGAGCCGCCGGCCUGGGCCCUUUUACGGGCAAGGGAAACGCCGCCCAGGGUCCUGGGGGCUGCUCAGGACCCCCAGCCCUUGAAAUCCUUUUUUAUAA